ACACACACACACACACACACACACACACACACACACACACACACACACACACACACAGAGGUAAUGUCAUGCAGGACGUAUCUGUAACUGUAAAUGCUGCACCAACAGCAGUAAGGUUUAAUAAUGGUAGAUGUGUACACUAACAUAUCAUGUGUGUUGGUUUGUUAUAUAUAAUAAGCAGGAUGUGUAACUGAGGAUCUUGUUCUUAUCAAGAUGGGAACUGAGAAUAAGGUGAUCAGGUGUAAAGCGGCUGUGGCGUGGGAACCUGGGAAGCCUCUUUCUGUUGAAGAAGUGGAAGUUGCUCCACCUAAAGAGCAUGAAGUGAGAAUUAAGAUAGCAGCGACUGGUGUGUGUCACACAGACUGGACGUAUCUGUAUGAUUGUGAGAAAGGAGUGAACUCUCGGCCGUUUCCCCUCAUUCUGGGUCACGAGGCUGCUGGUGUGGUGGAGAGCGUCGGGCCGGGGGUGACCGCUGUGCAGCCUGGUGAUAAGGUGAUCCCUCUCUUCCUGCCGCAGUGUGGUGAGUGUGAGUUCUGUCUGAGCUCAAAGACGAACCUCUGCUUUAAGAACUGGGGGAAGACUCAGCAGGGUGUGUUAGCUGACGGUACGAGUCGAAUCACCUGUAGGGGGCAGCAGGUGUAUCAGUUUAUUGGUGUGAGCACUUUCUCUGAAUACACUGUCGUUCCUGAAUACAACGUCACUAAGAUUCACCAAGACGCACCGCUGGAUAGAGUCUGUCUCCUCGGCUGUGGAGUGGCUACAGGAUACGGAGCGGCACUAAACGUGGCCAAAGUGGAGCGUGGUUCUGUUUGUGCCGUGUUCGGUUUGGGAGCCGUCGGCCUCGCCGCUGUGAUGGGCUGUAAAGCUGCCGGAGCCUCCAGGAUCAUCGGCGUCGACAUCAAUGCAGAGAAACGCGAAAUCGCCAAGAAGUUCGGUGUCUCUGAGUUUGUGAACCCUAACGAUCACAGCAAACCCAUUCAGGAGGUGCUGGUGGAGAUGACGAGUGGAGGAGUGGACUACAGCUUCGAGUGUGUGGGGAACGUCACACUUAUGAGGGCAGUGUUUGAGAGCUGCAGAGCCGGCUGGGGAACCUGUGUGAUUGUGGGAUGGAAUGAAACAGGAAGCCUCUCGCUGGCACCUAUAGACGUCCUUAUGGGAAGAACUCUUAAAGGAACCUACUUUGGUGGAUGGAAGAGUGUGUGUAGUUUACCCAAACUGGUGGAAGACUACAUGAAUGGCAGAAUUUUGCUGGAUGAGUUUGUGACGCACACACUCUCUCUGGAGGAGAUUAACCACGCCUUCGAACUGAUGACCCAUGGGAAAAGUAUCCGGUCAGUGAUAAAAAUGUGAGCUGUGAGCGUCCAAUCUCAGUUCAUUGACCAUGACGACAUCAUCAGUCACCAUGACGACUACAUCAAUCAUUCAUCACCAUGACGACAGACUCACUCUCCAGUGGGCCUCAGAAGGAAACACAGCGAUGUAGAGGGAAACUCGGGACAGAAGACGUGUCUGUGUGUUUGUUGUGCAUGUGUUAAUGCUGUGAUUGUAAAUAAAUAUGAUAAUAAAACAUUGAGAACAUUGAGAUGUAGUACAAGUACACCUUAUUAUCAGUAACAGGACGUGUAACGUCCAAUAAAAAGAGGGUCGUGGGAUAAAUAAAUAAAAGGAAACAAAAAAACCCAAACAUAAAUAAAUAAAUAAAUAGAUAAGCAAGUCA